AUGUGGAAUACGCGCUGUCCCAAGGCUCUUACCUUCAACAACAACUUCCGCUCGCUCCCAGAGCCAGCUUGGUGCCGGUUCUUUUCUCCCAGCCUCCUCCCUGAGCUAUUGAUUACUGUUAGACAGGGUGCGAGUGAACUCACUUCUCUUCUGGGGAAGGAUAAUCAUCUCAAUUGUCCUUCGCUUCUAGCUGCACGAUCUUUUGACCAGCCCUACGAAGUUCACGACCAGCUUACGUUAACAUCCCUCCAUUCACGACAACGCCAGCAGCCGCUCCCUGCCCAUGUAAACCCCCAUCUAUCUGAAUUAUCUACCCGAUCCCCGCUAUUAUCCAGUUCAUCCACUUCUUCUAGUCGUCCCCACCUGCUGCGAAGGACUCCGAGGCUUGAAAAUAUACUCUUUGCUUCUCGUCCAACUGCAACCGUCAGGUUCGCACCGCAGAUAACAACCGUCAAGGCGGAUCCUGAAUUUAGUCGAGAUACUUCUCAACGGCAUUUCCCCGCAGCACAGCAGGAAGAAUAUCAGGAGCCGUACCAGAGCUCAUUGCAACAAACCGGUGAAUCAUUCUGGCCCCGACGAACUAACCGUGUUUCAUCGCAAACUGUAUCUGCUAUCCUCUGGGCAUUGGAAGAAGCUAUCCGCACGCCCUUCCUUUUCACCCCAGAUCUGAGUGAGCUUAACGCAUCAAUGUCAGAUCUAGUGGGCGGAGGGAUACCGUCUGGGCAAACAGGCUAUGACCGGCCUCAAAAUGGAGCUUCACGAACUGCUCCAGGGCCCGUUGCUGCUCAGCCAACUGCAACUAGUGGAGUUCGGACCCCGACUGAUAUCAUGAGACAACGUCGUGAUCGUGAAGCGCGAAAGAAAGCAGAAGAGGAGGCAAGGGAGAGGGAUAAGCAGGAAUCAGAAUGGCGAUUAAAGCAGGAGCAGAAGGUGCAACAGCAGCAGAUUCAACAGUUUCCCCAACCAGGGAGACAUCAACCAGCUGCUGGCGUUGCCGGUGAGACCAGUGGGGACCACAGAAGACCAGUGAAAGGAGUUAUUCCGCAAGAUCAUGGCUCUAGGCGUGAUCGAGCCGACAGUGGGGGCAUGUCUCGAAUACCAACACAUGUUGCUCCUGCUCGAGGCACAACCGGGAUGCAGUCAGCCGUUCCUCCUGCUGCAGCUACCCGUCAACAAAAUCUACCCACCGAAUCUUGUGUUACAGGUGAUGGAACGCAACAAGUUCAAACCUCUCGCCAACGAGGAACGUCAGUCUCCCAACAAAGACCUGCUCCUGCAUCCGCUCAGCCUUCUUCUCGGAUUGCGACUGGAACAUGGACACAGCCAGUUACUUCGUCCAUGCACUCCAGACCACAAACCAUGCCUACACAAGCUGCUCCACCCCUCGAAGAACCUGGAAUCUCUUAUUCUCAGCAAUCACAGCCUCCUCAACCCAGUCAACAAACUCAGUCGCAGUCACAACAACAGCAGAGUCGCCCCAGAGCCCCCUUUCCUCAUGCAUUUGAGCGUUGGGAGACACUUUCAUCACAUUGGGAAGGCUUAACGAGUUACUGGAUACGUCGGUUGGAGCAAAAUAACGAGGACUUAAGCCGUGAUCCCCUAAACCAACAGAUGUCACGGCAGAUUACAGAUCUUUCUGCGGCUGGUGCAAACUUGUUCCACGCAGUAGUCGAGUUACAACGAUUACGAGCAUCUUCGGAACGAAAAUUCCAACGCUGGUUUUUUGACACGCGGGCCGAACAGGAACAAUCUCGGGAGGUCCAGGCAGAACUGGAGCGAUUAUUAAGAACUGAACGACAAUCUCACGCGGACGCAGCAAGCUCGAUUGCCAAGACUGAAAGUGACAAGGCAAAAGCCGAGGAAUUGGUCCGGGAAAUGCGUCGUGAAUUGCAGAUAUCGAAAGAAGAAGCUAGGCGAGCUUGGGAAGAACUAGGGAGAAGAGAGCAAGAAGAACGUGACCGGACAAUUUCUUUAAGAAGUGGAGAGCCUACCAUAGUUGGCGGUGUGCAGGUAGUCCCCAUGAUGCAGUCUGCUCUUAGCAGACAUACUAGUACCAAUCGUCCUCCAACAAGAGAGGGUCCCUACCCUGGAGGCCCUGGCCCAACAUCAAUGGGUGGACAAAGUCGACAAGAUGUCCCGGAAUCUACUGAACAAUAUGUGUACGACAGUCAAGUCUCGUCUCCAACAGGCACAGAUAUCCUUGUUGAAAGGAGCGGAGAAGCCGGUCACCAAAUAUAUCACAUCUCCGCAGUUUCACAACCUCCAAUAUCUGCAGCCGCAAUGGUCACAGCACGAACCGCUACGUCCCAAGCUCAAACUUCAACAACCGCCAGCUCACACAGCCAACAACCUCAUGCUGAAGAUCCCAAAGGACGUUUUUACCACCACGAUCCCUCUGCUCUCCCCAUGGAUGAGCCAAAGACCACCGGAACCGAUGAGCGCUCCUACUUACCACCUGACGAGCCAGCCGGUAGCGAUUUCGUAUCGGAGGAGUAUGAAUUGCGUAAUCCACAGUACCAGGAGCGUCGUAUCGAAUAUUCCCGCACCAUCUCAGACGACAGCGGCGACUAUGAUAACAUGGGGUCAUUAUCUGAAACUGGAUAUGGCCCAGGGUAUGAUGGGAUGGCUGUAGUGGAAUACGGCAGCGGACCACCUGGCAGCUCGCCUGAAAGCAUUCACGAAGGCAGGUUCGGUCAAAACGUCGACCGUAGCGUACCUAGCUGGGGGGGGCAGGGGUCAACGUGGGAUUCCAUGACGCCGACACAUCGUCACCCAACACGACUCAGUGCCGUUCUGGAGGAAGAUGAGAGAAGUCGAACUAGCCCAAGUAGAGCAAGCCAGGCGAGUCGAGGAAUGCACUAA